AUGAAUAUAAGUGCUGCAAUUUCAUCUUUUAAAGACCGUAUUGAUGCUUUGUCCAGCGAUUGGGAACGUCUUUCCAGGACAUGUAGCAGUAGUGCGGACGAGGAAAUGAAAUUACUGAAACAGAAACUAGAUCUAGUUCAGGAACAGAACUCUAGUCUAAUCAUUGAGCUCUAUGACUUGAAAAAGCUUACGAACCUGAUGGAUGAUAAGUCAAGUAAUAUUUUUAGUUCGGUCACUGACACUUCAGUAGGUGCGCUGCAUUUACAGUCUGGAGGUGAUGAGCAAUUUGUGCUAACUCCUCAGGGAGCCACAACAAAGCCAUUGGAUCUUCUUCCCUCUCUCAGCUCCCAAAAAUUACCAAGGCCCGAAUCUAUGGUCGGUCGCCAUGUAACUAUCAAUCAUGAGAAUUCUCCUACAAAUCAAUAUCCAUUUUCUUUUAACGUCCAUGCAUACUUCAAUGCCAAUUUCUCACCUUCUCCGUGGGCCCGAAAAGAGCCCUCGGCGUCACCCAAACACAGCCUCAAAAGAUUUAAAAAAAGUGCUCAAAUCGAUGACGUGAGUGACCGCCCGGUAGAAAGAAGGACGAAUUUGCUUGUUGUUGAAUCGCCUUCAGGAAAACCAAUGGUACGAAGGCAAGCUAAGUCUACUAUUGAAUCCUUCAAAAAAAUCAAGAGGGCUGGUUCGUCAAAGGCCGUGAGCCCAAAACCUUUUGGUGACUUUAAAUUAAGAAUGACUGCUACGCCAAAAGGUGUCACAGAACUGUAUCACGAAUAUGAGCAAGUUCUACGGCCCCAAAUUGUAGAGUUUGAGAGAAACUUUGGGAAAGGACAACUUUCAAAAUUAUACAAGGUAAGAACGUACCAGAGGCGUAGGGCUUUAGUGUGUGAAAUAAACAACUACGCAGCAAAGUAUGAUAUUACUAUCGAUGAGGCGAUAUCUUACUUUGAAACAAUUCGGGUUCGAAACGGGAAAACUGUUGCAUGGCUAUAUAACAAUCUAAAUAAAAUUAUUGAAUUUUAUGGGUAA